UUGAUGAAGAACUAUUUACAACGAUGGGACCAUCAAACAUAUCUGAAAAUUUGAUUCUGAAAGAAGAGCAAUUCCAAAACCUACAACUUGGAUUUAAUGUAAUGUGUGGGUAUACCGUAGUAAAUGGCACUGGACAUAUUAAUGAAACCGUCAAGAUAUCAUCUGAGGUAGUCAGUACAUCAUUUUACGCCGGAUUUGAAGUCAUAAACAAAAAUAUCGAAGUCACUAAAGGAUUGUCUACAAUAGUUGAAGUCAAGCAGACAGUUCCGAUCGGUUGCACUUACAAUGAAAACGACACCGAUAUAUGUGUUACUACUCUAGUACUUUUCAAUCCCAACGAGAGAUUAGAUCCUUGUGAAGUUGGUGUAAAUGUUGUUAAUGCAGACAACAUUAGCAGAUGCUUCCAUGAAAUACAGACACAAAAGGUAAAUGAUACGUGGGACCAAGAGAAGACAUACAGUUUCAGGGUAUCGACAGUUGAUCAUUAUUACGAUGAUGAAAACAAAUUUAGCUUAAGACUUCAAUUGGGGGACAAUGUGAAUCAUCCCAUUUGGAAGGGUUUUAUUCAGGAUGAAAUACCGGUACGCAUCACUGGUUUCUAUACAUACCGCAACAGGCUCUGCUACUCUCAUAUUGAUCCUCAUAUGAAAACAGCCGAUGGAAUUUACUACGAGCAGCAAAGAGUUGGUGACUUCAUGUUAUAUCAUAAUACGUACUAUGAUAUAGAGGUUCAUGAAGCAAAUCAGUUAUGCAACCACAAUUACGCUGUAUGUACGUGUGGUAUAGCUGUCCGCGCUGGAGCUGAUGUAUUCAUUAUAAAUCGUUGUGGCCGAGCAAACAUCCUUGAAUUUGUACGAAGCAAUGACGGCGGCAUCAUUGAUGUUAUUGAAGUUAACUCAUACAGAUACAAGGUCAUUACACCAAUUGGCACCAUAAUUGACAUAGCGCUCCAUGGAGGAAGCUAUCAAAACACUAUGAAUGUUGAUAUAAUAAUGUCAGCAAAAGACUUGGGAAAUGUCCAAGGUUUAUGUGGAUACUUUGAUGGUAAUAGAUAUAAUGAUUUUCUGCGAAGUGACGGUGUACAAUCCAGUAAUAAUAAUGACUACAAGUUCUCGGAGAGUUGGAGAUUAUCUGAUGGUAUAAACCUAUUUAAAACUCGAAACAGACAUUUAGAUAAAUGGGCACACUACAGCGAAGUAAUGUGCCACUGUGUUGAACCAGUUAACGGUAGUUGUAAUUCCAUACUGGACAAUAUAUGCAGGAAUCCUUCUUCUAUAACACUGUCCAAAAUACAAAAUGCAAACACACCUGAAAAAGAAAAGGAAUUAGAUCGGCUAUAUCACCUGAUAAACAAUACUCGAGACAUUUCACAAACGAUUAACACAGACGUGACUAUAACAGAGGAAGCUAUACGAGUGUGCAAUGAGUCCAUAUACAAUUCUGCCGCUGUCGUCCUUUUUGGCACCGAUAUUAUAAACGAGGAUCCUGAGGAAGUAGUUCGACAGUGCGCAUUUGAUGUAUCAGAGAGUGUAACUGCGAAAGCUUUUACAGAGGAUCAGACUGUAGUUUAG